GUUCAGCAACCUAAUUUGAAGUUUGAAUUUACAGACUGGAAUGCACCAUCAUCGUCCACACUAGUUUCGAUCAUUGAAACAUCACUAAGGCGAACUUAUCAAAAAAGUGAUGACGGAGUAAGGCCGUUGAUUGAAAAUCUUACAGAUCUUUGGACACAUUUUCUUGAUUCUGUGUCAUCCAGCAUAAGCGACUUCAUUGGGCUUAAACAUUUGGGAAUUAUUCUGAAGCAUCUGGCAGUGUCGGAGACAAAAAGCGUGAAAAGGAUGUAUGCUUCCAACUAUAAAGUUGGAGAACCAAAUCUCAUCGUCUGCCCUGCAGGCGAAAUCCUCAAGGUGACGUUAUCCAUUUACAUGCACGACAGGAACCAGCCUCUUCCGUUGUCAGACGAAGUUCUCGUGUGCCACACAGACACGACAAUUGAUGAGAUUGAAAUAUUCUGGCGUCGGGCAGUUUUUGCUGAUGGGAGAAAGAUUCAUUGUCUCGUAAAUGCCGAUAUUCUAAAUUACGACGUUGGCGAGGCCACGGAAAGGAUUUUGCACGACUUAAUUUUGGAAACAUACCAUAAAACCGAUCUGAAAUAUCGUAUGUUCAUCAUCUGUGGAUCGGACAAUGAAUAUCGGUGUCCGUUGGUGGCCUCAUUAGGCAAGUUUAUUCGACAAGUUCAGACAGUCCACCAAGAUGCGGUGAAGAAAUAUGUGGAAGAUAAAUUAGUGGUGCCCGUGAACAGGAUUCACUCUGUAUCGUGUGUCGACUUCAAACGAUGUUCUGCACGCCUUGUCUUGUCAACACGAGCCGGUGUUGGAAAAUCCUUAUAUGUACAGCGGCAGACUCAAGCCAUGAAACAAAAAUUCGCCAGAUCGAAAGUAGUUGACACAAACGUUGUAAAAAUACCUUUACAAGAGAAGUACAUCAACAUGCAUGAAGUUAUACAAGCAUUUCUUAAACACACGCCGACAUCAGGGAAUCAGAGCGCACGCCUGUUUCACAUAGACAUUUCGCACGAGCUCACUAUAAACGAUUUCUGUGUAGAAUGA